UGUUGAGAUCAUAUUUCUCCCCACUUUAUUCAUCCGUUUUUGUCAGGGUGAAAAUGCAACAGCCAGAAGCUCAGCAGACCACUCAGUCACCAGACACAGAGAUCCUGGACCCAGAAGUUGCCUAUGUGCGCAGGAGGAAAACAGCUCUGUGGGUGACUGUGGCCCUUCUGACUCUAUCUCUCGUGGUCUUGGCUGUGGGUUUGGUCUCUGCCACUCGCACUGACAACGUUCCCGUGGCUGGAUAUUACCCUGGGAUCACUUUGAGUUUUGGGGCAUUUCUGGGCAUCGUUGGGAUCCACCUGAUCGAAAACCGCAGGCCUAUGCUGAUGGCUGCCAUCAUCUUCAUCAGCAUCGGAGUUAUUGCGUCCUUCUUCUGUGCCAUCGUGGAUGGGAUCAUCGCCUCAGAAUUUAUUGACAUCAGACCUUUGCAAGAGGACAUGUGUGACUUUUACACUAGUGGCACUGGCUAUGCUUAUGAGAACUACUAUACUGAGGUGACGUGUCAUUCAUUCAACAAAGCCUGCAAGAUGAAGCUGAGAAGCAACACCUGCUACUGCUGCUACCUUUAUAAUUGUGAGAGCACAGAGUACCACCCCCAGUACUUUGAGUUCACCGGGGUCAGCAGCUGUUGGGAUGUGAUCCACCUCCAUCGUCUGCUGUGGGCCUCAGUGGUCCUCAACGUGGCCGGCCUCUUCCUGGGAAUCAUCGCUGCCGCCAUCCUCGGAGCCUACAAGGACAUGCAGAAGCCCGCGGCACCAGUGGCUCCGAGUCCAGUGCCAGCGCCGCACAUCCUGUACAACCCCACCCAGCACAUGCUCACCUACGCUGGCUUCUGUCCUCCAGGCCAGAAUCUCCCAGCCUACCCCAACUACCCAGCACCAAUGCAGUCCAACAACAGUUUCCAGGGACCCGCUACCCCGCAAAUGAUCCCAGAGGGAGGUCCUGUCGGCACUUCGUGUCCUUCUGAAGAAACCCAGAGCCAGCCACCCUCGCAAAGUGCCACCCAGUUGCUACAGCAGGGAGGCACCCAGGAACCAGGAGGAUUCAUGCUUACGCCCAAUGCGCCGGUUCUCUUUGGAUCCUCACACAGCCCCUUUGAGAAACCUCCACCUUAUGCCUACUGAGCCCUCUUCCCCCACCAAAAAAACGCAGUAUUUCUCUCCAAAUAGUCCACCUUAGAAAACGUUUCCUCGGCAAAGGGGGUGCGCAGACAGAGAAGUCAAUGAGCUCCUCUCUGCUGCUAGAUGGGUGCAAAAUGUCUGUGGUUAUUAAGUAGUGAACAUAGUUCAUGUGCAUUGAAUAGGCCACCAGCAUUCGUGUAGCAAAUGACUGACAUCUGCUUCUGUUGUAGCGUGUUUGUGUCCCGUGUGCUCUCGCAAUACCAUGAUUGUACUACAAAUACAGUACAGUAAGGGCUUUCUUUCAACAGGAACGUGAGGAUGAACCAUAUGGCGGCAGCUACAUUGCAUUUCAACGAGUGUGUC